AUGGGGAAACGGUUCUCUCACGCGCCUGAUGGCGCAGGCGCGUCACGUAAGAGGAUAAAGAUUGUCCAUGAAGCGCCAACUUCGGAAGAUAUUCAUGCUAGCAGGCAGUUACAGCAAUUGCUUGCUUUCAGUCAAGACCCAGUGCGGGCGCGGCACGGGCUACAAUCCUUUAAAGUCUUCCUCGACGACCUGCUCAAUCCCGAAAGCGACCAUGUCGACCGACCCAGGAUUCUCCGGGACUACCUCCAGUUUGCGCGACCUGCCGACGACGACGAAGCCUCUGCCUACCUCCCAGAUAUCAUGCAGACAUGGAGUUAUGCCGGCCAGAUCAACAAUGACAAUGUCAUGUCCGCCGUCCCCAUCGUCCUUGCCCUCCUCCUGAAGUUGCUCUCGCAGUCGCUCGAAACGGUUCCCAUCGGUCUAGGCAUAUGCAGGACCCUGCUCCAAAAACGCCAGCAGGAGUUAAUUGCUCGCAAUUUAUCGGCCGACAAGGGGAAGGCUUUUAUCAUCUCCCCAACUCUGAGGAUGCUCAAGGAGGUCGUCAGCUUUGAUGGAGGUGCCGUCGCACGACCCCUAUUUCGCGCGAGGGCCAACACGCUCAAGUCGCUGGCACGGAAUAUGGGCAUUGUUCAUAUUGGGGAGGAGGCCGAAGACCUCAAGCGGCCGUCUGCCCGUACCAAUGCGAUCCUUUUCUUUUUGGACGCCCUCAAGUUUCUUCAACCGGAAGCGAAGAAGGAGUUGUUGUGUCAGAGGGAUAUUGUUUCCGCCUUGACACGGGAUGUCAAACAGGACCCGCCAUAUCUUGUACGGACGCUUCUACAGGAGCUCCGCAGCCGCGUUCUUCUCGAUGAUAAGCUUGCACGCGAAGCCAAGUCCAACUUGCUGAACGCAUCUACGCUUACCCGUCUCUCUGCACUUUACCAAUACCGCUUAGAAGCGCGUGGAGGUGUCGAUGACGAGGCGCCUAUCGCCGACGUUGCUCACGAUUUCCUGGUCACCGCAUGCACAAACCCGGCCUGCGCUGUGUUGAGGCAGGAUUCGGGCUUUUACCCACGAGAAAUUGACACCAAUACCGCUAUUUCUCCCGCCGAGCUUGACGACUUGGGACUUGAAGCCAUCGUCUGGAUGAACAAGUUCAAGAACGAGGUGCCAGUCCGGAAUUACACCUUGUCAAACUUCUUGCCGAACCUGCGCCCCUGGUCGAGUGUAAAGCAGAGUGAGCUUAUCACUUCUAUCUUUAAGGUUGCACCAGAGUUGGUCGCCAACUAUUUCCUGACCAACAAAUCGUUUACUUUUGAGCCGAAGCUUUCGGCAACGUGGAUCGGAUACGCCGCCUUCCUCUUCAACACAGUCACUCUCCCUCUUCCCAACUUCUUCUGCCGCGGGGCAGCCUUCUCCGAGCUACCACCGCCAACCUCCAUCGUCAUUGAUAAUAUUCUCCCGCUCCCGUUGAACCAAAAGGCGCUAUCUAGGAGCCUUGCAAACAAGUCGAACAUGAUUCCGUUCUUUGCGACAAGGAUACUAGUCGUUGCGAUCGAAAAAUUGGACCACGCGAUCAAAAUGCACCAAGACCCUUCUCAUUCCAACAAGACGGUUUGGGCGGAAGCGGCACGGAGGCUUGUGGACGAAUUUUGCCAGCGCAGUCCCGGAAUCCAGGAAAUGAUCAAUUCAUAUCGCUCGAUACCUGACGGCGACAUCCUGCACCGGGAGGCAGCAAGCCGGCUCCUGCGCCUCUGCUAUGAAGUAUUGCCGCAAGUCGCCCUCAUGGCCAAGUUUGACGUAUCUCCAUUCCUUGAAAAAGCGCUUGGCCGUUUAUCGACACAAGCGUCCGACGACCCCAGAGAUUCUGCACUCGGUCUGAAGGAGCUAGAAAACCUGUUGGCCAUCGCCGGCUAUUCUCCCGGCAUGCGGUGGUUUGUGGCGUCCGAGGGCAUGUUGCUUUCUCCGUUCACGCUGCUGCUGAAAGUCUGUGUCGAUGCUCCCCGUGGGGUAUCGCUGGAGGCAAUACGAGAGAUCCUGAACUUCAUUGCGGUGGAGCAGCAGCUGGUGCCAGCUAACGAGAAACAUCCUGGUUUGCUCGUGCUGCUGGAUGCAUUGCAAAGUCUGCGGCAUUCCAAACCGGAAGCGGUUGUGAAUAUCUGGUCGUUCCUAGAUAAUUGCCUCACGCGCUGCGCCAAUACUCCAGUCAAGUACGUCGAGAAGAUGCAGGAGGCUAUUCAGGAGGCGUCCGACUUAACAGGCCAAGAUCUGUCUGGGACGAUCGCGAGCCCUAUUACUGUGGCCUUGCUGGAGCAGCUUCCGUUUGCGGCAGCGAAGGAGAAUGGAACGGUCACCGUCAAAGCGCUUGGCAUCUUCCUGCCCAAGUUCCUGGGCCUCUCCGUCAGCGCUGGAGAAAACAGAGCGCUGUUGGAGCUUAUUUUCACCAAAAUGACGACACACCUAGCAGAUAAUAAGGGUAAACUUGCCAAGGCAGGCGUCCCCAAAGGGCUCGAGUUUGAGUACAACAAACGCCCAACCGCUGCGGGAACUAAGGCGAAGCAGUCCAAGGCUGCUGCGUCAGCGGCAGCGGGCAAAGAGGACUCCCAGCCGAAACAACCGGUGAUGGAUGUCGAAGCCUUGGAAGAAACACUCCAUGUACCUGACGGCCUCGAGGCGGACAACUCAGCACUCGUCAAGUGGGCAACUAAGACUGCCGACGAGCUCGUCGACGACGGCUACCUAACAUCUCUCAUCGCCCUGCUCGUAUCCGAGCACGCCAGCAUACGCAAAGAAGCCCUUGUCAGCAUCUUAAAAGCGGCAGCCAAGAUCAAACAGUCCGAGUACGAAGAGAAAGACCAGAUCUGGCUGCUCCUUUCCGAGCUUGCCGAGACGGCCCGGGAGAACAACACCAUCAACGACACGCCGCUUCCAGGCCCGAUCGUUGCUUUCGCCACCCACGCUCUCACCGUCCUACGUGACCCGCUCUCCUCCCUCUACGGCAAAGUCAACAGCUUCCUCACCCGUGGACCCACCUGGGCUCUCGACCGGCUCCCACUCGUCGACGAGACUCUCUCUGAAGAAACCCCGACAGGCAGCGGGGGGCCGAGCAGCCGCGACAACCCUUAUUACGCCCAAAUCAACUGGCUGCUGUCAUACCUCAUCGACGCCCUGCGCACCCCUCAAGACCUCGAGCUAUUCCAUCGCAAGCGUGCUCGCGGACCGGUGCUGGAACGCAUCCUAGCGCUGGCUGCGAAUCCAUACAUGUGGCUGCCGCUGCGGAGCCAGGUGCUACGACUGGUGUAUCGGGCGACCGGCAUCGAGGGUGGUAGCACGACGUUGACGACAAGGUUUGGGAUUGUUAGCUGGUUGGAGGCGAGACAUGCGGGCUGUGAGGAUGGAGAUGGAGACGGAAAAGAGGCGGCGAUGUUGGGGGGGCUGAAAAGGAGGGUUUGGGAGACCUGUGAUCAGGAAAGGGUUAGGGUUUGGAGUAGGGGUGGGCUAGGGGGUGGGAGGGUGUAA